AUGUCGGGCUUGCAUGUUCGUGAUGGCAUUUCAAGUGUCCAGCCCCCUCUUUCCCAGGCGGUUGGAUAUAUUGUUGUCCUUGUGGUCGGUAUCAUUGUCGCCCUGGUCAUGAUGCUUAUCACCAAGGUCUUGAAACAAACAACCGGAGAGGAUAACAAGAAGACUGAGAUGUUCAUGACAGCAAACCGAACAGUUCGAACUGGUUUGACUGCCUCGGCUGUGAUAUCGUCCUGGCUGUGGUCAACUGCAUUGCUUGGUUCCUCAUUCGUCGGUUACUCCUACGGUGUUGCUGGUCCCUUUUGGUUUGCUGCUGGUUGUAGCCCAAUGAUCGUGUUCUUUGCGUUACUGGGUAUUUCUUGCAAACGCAAGAUCCCAGAGGCACACACUUCGCUGGAAGUGGUUCGUAUUCGAUAUGGACGAACGGCCCACAUCGUCUUCAUGAUUCUGUGUCUGAUCAACAAUAUCUUCGCCUGUGCGAACAUGCUUCUCGGUGCCGCAGCAGUCAUCUCGGCCAUGUCUGGGAUGCAUAUUAUUGCCGCAACUUUCCUGCUCCCAGUGGGUGUUACGGUGUACACUUUUGUCGGUGGUAUCAAGGCUACUUUCCUUACCGACUACUUCCAUACGGCCGUCAUUGUCAUUGUGGCGUGUUAUUUCUCAGUCAAAGCCUUCACGAGUCCCCAGGUCGGUUCUGUGGGUAAUCUAUUCGAGCUCGUCAAGAAUGCGGCUCAGCGUCACCCGGUUGCCGGUAACCAGGAUGGCACGUACUUGACGAUGACGUCCAAAGGAGCCAUCCUAUUUGGAAUUCUCCAUUGCUGCUGUAACUUCGGGUUGGUCAUUAUGGACACCAGCUACUUUAUCAAAGCUUUCUCGGCCUCUCCGGCAGCUGUUGUGCCGGGAUAUACCAUCGGUGGUGUUGCCUACUUUGCCAUUCCCUGGGCAUUGGGAACCAUAAUGAGCUCUGUGGCAUUGGGCCUGGAGAACCAACCUGACUUCCCAACAUAUCCGAGAAGAAUGACCUCGUCCGAGGUCAGCAACGGCCUGGUACUUCCGUACGCAGCCAUGACUAUCGCCGGUAAAGGCGGCGCCGCAGCGGUGCUUCUAAUCACCUUCAUGGCUGUAACAUCUACCCUCUCGGCCCAGGUCAUCGCCGUCAGCUCGAUUCUCAGCUUCGACGUCUACCGCGAGUAUUUCAAGAAGAACGCAACAGACCGCGAUAUGAUUCAGUCCAGUCACGUUGGUGUGAUCUUCUUCGCUGCAUUUUCCGCUGGAUUUAGCACGAUGCUGCAUUAUGUUGGCGUCGAUCUGGGCUGGACAUUAUACAUGCUCGGCGUGGUAACCUGCCCUGGAAUCUUCCCGAUGGUAUUCACAAUCCUCUGGAGACGCCAGAGCACCGCAGCCGCCAUCCUCUCCCCGGUGCUGGGGCUAGCAACAGGAAUCGCAGUCUGGCUAGGAACCGCAUCGCACUUCUACGGCACGGUCUCUGUCGCAACAACCGGCGAAGUGUUACCCUGCGUCUACGGCACAGUGGCAUCAUGCUUCUCGCCCAUCCCCUACUCGGUGCUGAUCACGCUGUUCAAACCGCAGAACUACGACUGGGCGGACUUCAAGAAAGAGAAGCUCGCGCUGGAGAAGUUGGAGGAUGACCUGACCACGGCGCAUGGGGUCAAGGAGACCCGUCUUGAAGAAGGCGGAGUCCAAAGUGCGGCAACUGAUGCGCAGGAAUUGAAGAGAUGGGGUCGUAUUGCGGCUUUCUGGGCGGCUGCUACGUUUUUAGGCCACUGGGUGUUGUGGCCGUUGCCUAUGUACGGGUCGAAAUAUGUGUUUGAGAAGAAGUUUUUUAUCGCCUGGGUGGUUGUCGGCAUCAUCUGGCUCUGGGGCACAAUGCUAGUUGCCAUUUUCUACCCACUUAUUGAUGGUGGACUCCAGCAGAUGGGCGAGGUCUACCGCGGGUUGACUAGACGAAAGGAAGGUGCUAAAGAAGCUCGUGCUGCCAAUGAUAAGGGUGAUGAUAGCACUUCUCCCUCGACGCCGUCUGCAGGGUCAAUCAAUGAUGCUGCACGAGAGAAGGAGCUUAGAGAUGAGAGCAAUCGAUAA